AUGAAUUCUUCCACCCAGGAUAGUGUUAUUGAUCUUUCUCUUGACCCGCAACAGGAUUAUGCACAUCUGCUUGUAUUUCCUUUAUGCUACAAUUCAUUUAUUCCAGCUCUGCACCUGCCCAUCUCGGCUCUUCUUGACUUCACCAAUCUGCCACCAUUUGAUCACUCACUCAUGGUGACCGACUUGCAUCAUUUUUUCACUUCUGAGCACUACAUUGCAAAUGCUGUGCCGGCUGACUUCCUGGAUUGCUCCCUUCCACCACUCAGUCUGUCCACUCAGCUCCUGGAUAUCUUCGGUCAGGCCUAUCAUGAUGGCACAAAAUCUAUCAAGGAUCCACAGUUUCCGGGUAAUCUUCCAUGUUGGGUAGUUCAGUAUUGGCAUGACUUAGGGUGUGCUGUUGCAGCGAAAGAGCACUGGAGUCUGGCUCAUGAUUGGCUAGCAGGCCAUCUUCAGGUACUUGGGUGGGGUACUACUCUUAAUGGCCCGGCUGCAUCACUGCAGGUGCUCGAUCUUGCAGAGUUCCUAUCAUCCACACCAAUGAAGGGCUGCUUCGUUGAUGCAAUGGUGAACGAGAUAUCCCUCCACAUCCAGCUUAAUCCCCAGCUUUGCCAGACAACAAUUGUCGAAGAUCUGACAUUCAUCAAAACAUUACGUUGCAGUUGUGAGCGAUGGAGUCGUUACUCAAUUGACAAGUGUUUUAGAAGGCUCUGUCAGCUUGGUGAUUCCUUGGUGAAUGAAGAGCUCACACAUAUCCUAUUCCCUCUGAAUAAACAAGAGCUCAGGACCGGGUUGCUUAGGCACUUUAGCAUCAUCUCACGGCAAGAAUAUCUUGAUGCUGUCCAUGAGGAGAAUCUUGUGCGCAGUGAUGAGCGGGAGGAAGAGGAAUUCAGUGCAACACUGAAAGCAAGAGAAAAGAAACUCCUGAAAUGCACCUGUGACCGAGAUCGCCAGCGUGCCCAUUGUGCACAAGUGAAAAAUAACAAACUACAAUCAGUUAAUGAUGUACUGCAGCCACCAGUGCAAAGCCUUGGCUCGCAGCCUUCUCACUCACUCGCCAAGUUAUCCCGCCCACACCAUGUCAUUAAAGAGAACAUUCGCCAGAAAAGACCACCUACUCAUGGUGGUCGUAAACAUACUCAAGUGCCAACUGAUGCACAACAAGUGAAUUGGCAGAGUCCAAUUCUGUGGCCAAUAAUCCUAAAUUGGAUCCACGGUAUGAGACCCUUACUCCACAAGUCAUUAGAUAUUGGAUUGAUUGAACUGGGACUCACCCAUGAUGGAAAGACUCUGUCAUCACAUGUGCAGAGCAAGGACAUCAAGCAUCAAGCACUGUCACACGAACCAACAUAUGUACUUUCCCCUUAUCCUGAUGUAGUGAAAGCCAUUAUCGAUCAGCUUUCAACUCUUCGCCAAGUUGGUAUCACUCUAAACACAUCACACUGCCAUGGUAUCAUUGUUGGGUUGCUGCGCUACAGAAUCCCUUACAUAUUCAUGACAAAGGCUUACAAUGGAUCGAUGUUCAAGUAUUCCGACUCUUGGGUGCAAAUGUUCUUGUAUGAAAACUUGCGCUACACCAUGCGUAAAGGAACCUGUGCAGCUCAGAAACUUCUUACCAACUUGAAUGAGGUCUGUCAUGAGCAGUUCCUUCGGCUUGCGCUCACAAUCCGCAACGACAUGAUCACCUUCCCCCAGUUCUUAGUCAACAUUGACCAAACCAAUAUCAUCUACCAGCCUGCCAGUGGUUAUACCUAUGAAGUUGUUGGUUCAAAGCAGGUUGAUAUAAUUGGCCAGGAGGAGAAACAAGCAUAUAUUCUGGUCCUGUUUUGGAUGGAGAAAAAAGAGGAGCUGGGUGUACCAUCCGAUCAACCUUGCAUUCUACAGCUCGACUGCUGGACUGUACACCCCCAAGUCCCCCAAGCACCAAGCCAACCUGUUAAGAACAUGCUCAAGGGUUGA